AGGAUGACGUUGGUGAAGAGCAACUGCAAGAACAGGCAGUCAAAACUUCAUGAACUUUGAUCACAUGAAUUUUGUAAAGUUCAUGUAGUCGACAAGUAAGCGCAAGUCGGAAAUGUUUUAUCCAUAAUGCAACCCAUUUUGAAAGGUUGGUCACCGACUUGACAAAAGGGAUCCGCUCAAACGCGCCCAAUGUAUGACGUUUUAGAGAUUCAGAAGGUACAUAUAAGCGCAUGUGGCUACACUCAUUGUGGAACUUGUAGUCACAUUAACAUGCUAGAGAGGCACUUCCAGAACCAUUGUGCAUCACCAGAACUGCACUACCCAUAGAUCAUUCGGGUUAUCAAGACUGUCUCAGACACGGAAGGUAAAGAAAAGUGCGGUACUGUAGAAGAUCCGAGAGGAGUUCACACUGCAUCAAGUCUAAAAGUUGUGAUCUGCUCUGGAGUCCAGGUACACUUAUAGACAGCCUCCAUCUGUCCUUCUAUCCCUCCUUCCAUCCCUCCCUUCUCUAAUUACCAGACCCUGGGACCGUGAGAAGCAAGCGAGGUUGAAGGUCUGCAGUCAUCACCAUGUCUACAUUCCGUUUUGGACAGCACGUCAUCAAGGCCUCAGCAGUGUUUCUACAAACUGAGUUGUCCUUCGCCCUGGUCAACAGGAAGCCUGUGGUGCCUGGACAUGUGUUGGUGUGUCCUCUGCGGCCCGUUGAGCGUUUCCGAGACUUGCAUCCUGAUGAGGUGGCUGACCUCUUCACCACUACCCAGAGAGUGGCUGGCCUGGUGGAGAAACACUUCCAUGCUUCCUCCCUCACCAUCGCCAUACAGGAUGGCCCUGAAGCCGGACAAACUGUGAAGCAUGUUCACGUGCAUGUCCUCCCCAGGAAGGCAGGUGACUUUGAGAGAAACGACAACGUCUAUGAUGAGCUCCAGAAGCAUGACCGUGAGAGUGAGGACGUCCCUUCCAGGUGGAGAACAGAGGAGGAGAUGGCAGCAGAGGCUUCUGAUCUGAGGAAACAAUUCAGCUAAACUGUCCUAAUCUCUAUAACGACAACUUGCAAAGUUUCAAGUGAUUGUGAAGUGGAUAAUUCUUCAGUUGACACUGUUGUUGGAAAAAGUAUUUUGAACUGAACUGAUGUGGUUGAUUACAGUUCAUACAUCUUUAAAUGUAAUGUAAUGUAUUAUUACCUCAGAUGUUUUUUUGUGGUGUUUUUGUUGUUCUCCUUAGAAUUUAUUGGGGUUAGACUUGUACCAGAGGUAUUGUUGUUGUUUUAUAUUCCCUGAGUGUCACAACAUGUAAAUGUUGAAUUAUUCAUCAA